UAAAUAAGCCUUAUACAAAAGAAACAGUUCACAAAAGGUUCAAUAAUGGCAACCUUCACACUUCACAAAGAAACAGUUCAACCAUGGUUACCUCUAAGAAGAGCUUACAUAAUCUUCCACUUCACAUGUGUCUUGUUUCUCUUUUACUACCGUAUCAGCAAUUUGUUUAUUUCAUAUCCAUGGUUUCUAAUGACAAUAGCUGAGAUUAUUCUAUCAUUUUUGUGGUUUUUCAACCAAGCAUUCCGUUGGAGGCUGGUAAAUCGUUCAGUUAUGACCGAGAAAUUACCGCCCGACGAGAAGUUACCGGGACUCGACAUAUUUGUGUGUACGAUUGAUCCUGAAAAAGAACCAACGGUUGAUGUUAUGAACACUGUUAUUUCUGCUAUUGCAAUGGACUACCCUUCUAAUAAACUUUCUAUUUAUCUUUCUGAUGAUGGAGGUUCCCCUAUUACUCUUUUUGGGAUUAAAGAGGCUUUUGAAUUUGCUAAAGUUUGGGUUCCUUUUUGUAAAAAAUAUGAUGUUAAGUCAAGGUGUCCUAAGUUUUUCUUCUCUGCUUUGGGUGAGAAUGAACGACUACAUCGACCUCGUGAAUUUGAAGAAGAGAGGGACCAGAUUAAGGCCAAAUACGAGAAAAUGCAAAAAAAUAUUGACAAAUUCGGAAGCAACCUAAAGAAUCUUUGUAUGGUGACUGAUAGACCUUCUCGGAUCGAGAUCAUUAAUGACCAAAAAGAAAUGCCACUAGUUGUUUAUGUGUCUCGUGAAAAAAGACCAAAUGUUCCUCACAGAUUCAAAGGAGGAGCUCUCAAUACAUUGCUUAGGGUGUCAGGGCUAAUCAGCAAUGGACCUUAUGUUCUUGUGGUAGAUUGUGAUAUGAAUUGUAAUGAUGCAUCAUCAGCCAAACAAUCUAUGUGCUUUUUUCUUGAUCCUGAAACCUCUAAAGAUGUUGCUUUUGUUCAAUUCCCUCAAAUGUUUCACAACCUUAGCAAGAAAGACAUAUAUGAUAGUCAGACUAGGACUGCUUUUACGACAAAGUGGAAAGGAAUGGAUGGAUUAAGAGGUCCAGGUCUAACUGGCAGUGGAAAUUAUAUAAGUAGAAGUGCAUUACUCUUUGGAAGUCCAAACCAAAAAGGGGACUAUCUACUUGAUGCUCUAUACAACUUUGGCAAGUCAAAUAUGUAUGUAGAAUCACUUAAAGCAUUACGUGGUCAACAAACUAAUAAGCAGAAUGUUUCAAGAGACGUAAUUUUACAAGAAGCAUGUGAAGUGGCUUCUUGUUCCUAUGAGAGAAACACAAAUUGGGGUAAUGAGGUGGGAUUCUCGUAUGCUAUAAAACUUGAGAGUACUGUUACUGGCUAUCUCCUCCAUUGCAGAGGAUGGAGAUCAACUUAUCUUUACCCAAAAAGGCCAUGUUUCUUAGGAUGUGCUCCAACUGAUAUGAAAGAGGGAUUAAUUCAACCCAUAAAAUGGUCAUCUGAACUUUUGUUACUUGCAAUCUCUAAAUAUAGUCCAUUCACUUAUGGCCUUUCAAGAUUGCCUACUAUUCAUUGUUUAACUUUUUGUUACUUAGUAAGCACAACCCAAUUUGCAACAGCCUAUAUCCUAUAUGGAUUCGUUCCUCAGAUUUGCUUCUUGAAGGGAAUACCUGUAUAUCCAAAGGUUACAGAUCCUUGGUUUAUAGUGUUUACAGUGUUGUAUCUAUCCAGUCAAAUUCAUCAUUACAUUGAGGUAAUUUCAACUGGUGGCACCUCGAUGAUUUGGUGGAAUGAACAAAGAAGUGGGAUUGUAAAAUCAAUUGGGUGCGUUUUCGCAAUUAUAGAAACAACGAAAAAAAAGUUUGGGUUGAACAAGGCAAACUUCACUUUAUCAGACAAAGCAAUUGACAAAGAUAAGCUAAAGAAAUAUGAGCAGGGUAAGUUUAAUUUUGAUGGUGCAGCAUUGCUUAUGGCACCAGUUAUUGUGUUACUCACAAUAAAUAUUGUUUGCUUCUUUGGUGGUUUAUGGAGACUACUCAUUGUGAAGAAUUUUGAUGAAAUGUUUGGUCAACUUUUCCUCAUUAUCUAUAUACUUUCUCUAAGUCGUCCUAUUGUGGAGGGGAUUAUAUCUAUGAAGCGGAAGAGUGGGUAACAAACAUUACCUAAUUUUGUAGAACCAUGAAAACAAGAGGAAUAUGUGAUAGUGUUUUGUAUCAUGUAGUUUUGUAGUCUUAAGCAUAUUUGAGUUUUAGUUGUUUCUAAGUGGCACAUCUUUUGUCCUAAUAUAUUUACAUAUUCAUAUUACAAAUUACACUUGAUUGGAA